ACUGUGCUUCGCGCCGAGACAACGCACAGGCAUCACACAACGCUUGUGCGUGCUACAAUAUCCGCCAUUGUUCAGCCGGGACUCGUGCUCCUGUAGAACCCAAGUUGGGUUUUGUGAAAAUUUAUUUGGUGUUGUGUGCUCAGUUUUAGUGCCAUGUCGAAGAAAAGUGAGAACGAAGUUCAUGGCUCAGAAUCAGAGGCCGAAGAAGAAGAAUUUUCUGUCGAAGAAGUGCUGGACCGACGGGAGAAAGGGGGGAAGGUUGAGUACUACUUGAAGUGGAAAGGCUAUUCCCAUGCAGACAAUACAUGGGAGCCUGAAGAAAAUUUGGAUUGCCCUGAUCUCAUUCAAGCAUUUGAGUCUAAAAGACGCAAGAAGGAGGAGGAAAAGAAAGCUAACCGUAAAAGUCGUGGAAAGGACGAAGAGAAGAAGAAGCCGGCUGAGGAUGAUGACACACCUUUAGCCAAGAAAAAGAAGGUUGAGAAACCCGAAAAGGAAGACAGGAAGAAAGAUGAAGAACGGAAAAAGAAGAAAUCGACUGUUACCGACGAUCAGAAACCUCAAGGUUUUGCCAGGGGACUCGAACCUGAAAAGAUCAUCGGUGCCACAGAUUCCAGUGGUCAGCUUAUGUUCCUUAUGAAGUGGAAGGGAACUGACGAAGCAGAUCUAGUCCCAGCUACUCAAGCCAACACAACUUGUCCUCAAAUUGUAAUUAAAUUCUACGAAGAAAGGCUCACCUGGCAUUCACCUUCCACCGAUGAAGACAAAGGGGUCACGGCAAGUAAUUAAGAAUGUUCUUUCGAGUUGACAUGAUGCCACGGGAAGAUUGGCACAAUAAUUCUACUCCCUUCUCAUUUAAUUAUCUUAAUAUUAGAACUUGUUAAUUGCUUUAAGAGCCUAGAUUGUCUCUAGUUGUUCUUAAACCUGUUUUAUUUGUAAGCAUCUAGUAUUACAUAUUCAUUAUUUUUAUACUACCACUUUGAUGCUUUGCAUGUGGCAAAAGGUUUUCAACGAAAUGAGAAAGAACUCAUUGUUUGAAGUUCUAGAUUAAGUGUCCAGGCACUUCCAUGUGUCUUGCCUUACUUUUAUUUUGUAAAUAAUCAUUAUUCUAAUAAAUUUUGACUUCCAAAACCAGCUUAAA